AUGAUUAAUCCAUCGACGGGACUUGAAGCGGACAUCGUCAAUGCUACCAUUAUGCCUUUCCUAGAUCUAGCCCGACUUCAGCCCGGAUUGUCUGUCUUGGAUUUGGGCUGCGGCAGCUGUGAAGUGGCCGUAAGGGUAAAGAUUUUCUUAGGCGGCAGCCAUGGGUUGAUUGUUGGGAUCCUUGAAUCCCACGACACGAUGCAGCAGGCUCGGUGUUCGCUGAAAACGUUUGGAUACGCGAAUGCUAUUACUCUCUACCACGGCGAUCCUAUACAUCUGAACAACAUUCCUGGCUUUGAUCGCACCUCUUCAGAUUCAAAUCGCCCCUUUUUUGAUGUCAUCUUCGCACGAAACCUUCUCUCUAAUGUGUCACCCUUUGAGAGGGAGGAAGUGCUCCGGCAUUGGGCUAACUAUAAGGCCCCAGGCUCAGGCCGUCUGAUGGUGUCUAUGUCAAUGGAGGUUCAUGGUUCAUUCGAAAUCGCUAGGUCUGUCAUUGUUGACGAGGACGGGGGGAUCACGUCGAGGUAUCAUUGUAUGAUUGAGAGCGAAUGGGAACACGGUGAGGAAGCAUUUCGAACCCUGGCGCUAAGUGCAGGUCUACACCUGAGUCAAGUGCAACGGGUUGGUUUCAGUGCUGAAGACUCUGAACAAUGGGAAGAGAUUGGUGCUGACCUAGAUGACAUGCUCAGCUUAAGCACUCAGAGCUUCGAGGACAGGGGCGGCUACGAUCUUAUGAGUCAAAUGCAGAUGGAAGUUUCUCAAGGCUAUUCAAAGCAGACUUCAGGGAACAGGCUGUGCAGGAAAUGCGGGAUCGGUUGGAAGUCUCGGAGAGGGUGGACAGGAUGGGACUGUGUUUAG